AUGGCACCCCCCGAAGCCCACCACCUUUUCCACCGGCCGAUUGCGGACCACUCGUUCUCGUCGGACAGAGGCACUCUCGCAGUGGCCAAGGACAACGUUGUCGAGCUCUACGAGACCGCAGGCAACAAGUACACCUUGAAAGAGGAGCUUAAAGGCCACGACAAGACCGUUACCAGUGUAGACGUUGCUCCCAAGAGUGGGCAGAUCGUGACCUGUUCCCAAGACAGAAAUGCCUACGUAUGGGAACAAACCGGAUCUGGAUGGAAACCUACUCUCGUGCUGCUUCGAAUUAACCGUGCCGCCACCUUUGUCCGCUGGUCCCCCUCCGAGCAGAAAUUCGCAGUUGGAUCAGGCGCCCGCGUUGUUGCAGUGUGUUACUUUGAAGAGGAGAAUGACUGGUGGAUUUCUAAACACCUAAAGAAGCCCAUUCGAAGUACCAUAACCACUCUUGCAUGGCAUCCCAACUCCGUCUUCCUCGCAACCGGCUCGACGGACUCACACUGCAGGGUGCUUUCUAGUUACAUCAAGGGAAUUGACCAGCGCCCGGAACCCAGUGUUUGGGGUGAGAGGGUCCCCUUCAACACCAACUGUGGAGAAUACUUGAACGAUUCUGCUGGAUGGGUCCAUGGCUGUGCCUUUUCCCCAAGUGGUGAUGCUUUGGCAUUUACUUGCCAUGACAGCAGCGUUACUGUGGUAUAUCCAUCGGCCCCGGAUCAGCCUCCCCGAGCCAUGUUGAACAUUAGUACGAGAUUGCUACCGUUCAUGAGCUUGGUUUGGAUUAGCGAGAAUGAGAUAGCCGCAGCUGGCCAUGAUUGCCAAAUCUAUCGUCUCAACGGAGAUGAAGCUGGCUGGAAGCUGGCUGGAUCCCUUGAGGUUAAGGCAGCCACUAGAGGUGCUGUUGCCGAAGAGUCCGCACUCAACAAAUUCAGGCAAAUGGAUUUGAAGGGCAGCACUAAGGAUGACUCUAAGCUCCAGAGUGUUCAUCAGAACACUAUCUCAACUCUUAGGGUCUAUUCUGAGGAUGGCGGUGCUGUUAAGAAGAUCAGCUCUAGCGGUGUCGAUGGUAGAGUUGUUAUUUGGGAUGUGUAA